AUGUCGUCAGAGCCGGUCGAGAAGAAGCACAGCAGCCACCCAGCUCCUCUGAUGGAUCUAUCACAGUUCGCAGAAGUUCUUAAUGAGAGGUUCAGCCAGCCGCUUGCAGCGGAUGUGGCAUCAUGGUUGCCGCCUCAGGACCCCGACAAGCCAAGUCUUCCAUAUCUGCCUGGCUUUAAUGUCACAAUCCGUCCACACAACAUUGCCGAGAGAGAACAGCCAAGACAAGACCUCAAGCCAGAAUACCUCAGAACAGUGACUCAGAGUAAGGCAGUCGUCAAUAACCCUUCUCGAUUCUCUUCUCCGGACCCAGAUGACGCAGAAUCGGCUGCACUAGCUAUUACCGCGUCUAUUUCUAUCGGGACAACUCGAGGUGCCCAAAUCGUCGCUUGUACCAUUACUCCAUGCCAAAAGAAUGACGAGGAGGUUCCAAAGCCCUUUCAGGCUGUUGCAAAGAUUUACGACCCCAUAGGACGCUAUCCUCGAGAUACUGUGCGCGAAGCAGAUAAGGAUUAUGAGAACGAGACUGCGGCAUAUGAGCACCUUCGGAAGCACGGGAUCACUGGGUCUUUCGCUCCUAAAUAUUAUGGCUCUUGGAUCUUCAGACUUCCAAUCACUAUCGGUGACAGACAUCAGUCCAGAAGUAUCCAAAUGAUACUUAUAGAGACUUUAAAUGGGGUCAGCAUCCAAGAAACGCGGGUUCAAAACAGCUCAGACAGAAGUGGCGGGACAGAUUCGUUCCAUUACCCAGAGGAAUACCGAUUGGAAGUGCUGGCACGAGCUAUGGAUGCAUACGUCAAGCAACUCAAAAUAGGCCUUGAACAAGGUGACUUUGCGGGAAGGAACGUUAUACUUGUGGCAAACAGCCCAGAGGAAGACAAGGUGGGCGGUUUGGUACUGCCCCGUGUUGUACUUGUUGAUUACAACACAGCGAAGGUCGUGGAGAUGCCCUGUGAACAAGCUAAUUGGCUUCCUUCCAACCCAGCAGCAGUCUUCUGGAAUGAGUAUGUUUGGGAAGACUUUGGUGGUUGGGUACCUAACGAAUGGCAGGACUGGAAGACUCAGCAGGAUUGGUUGAUGCGGAGGUUCAACGGAGAUGACCACAGGCAUCACUAUUAUCCUUCUCAGGAAUUCUUUAAUAAUAUGCUUGCGCAAGGAGAUGAGAUACACAUGCAGCAGUACCAGCGAGGAGGUCAACUUACCCGCUCACCAAGCAUGGCUCAAUAUCAGGCUUCAGUUUAG